CUGAAAACAUAAGAGGAGAUUUCUGUAUUGUGAUUGCAGCGUAAGGAAAGUAUCAUGGAAAAAGCAAAUGAAAACUUUGCAAGGAAGGAAACCAUUGCAUCACAGGAGACCACAUUGUGAUCCGAUCUCAGCAGCUGAGGACAUGACACUGAGGAGGGCAGCACUCUCUCAUAUUGCUGUUUCAGCAUAUCACUGCAGAAAUUGAUUUACUUAGCUUUCAAAAUGAAGAAAGAGUACUACAAUUAUUGAAAAGUAGUAAAAUACGCUAUAAGCAGACGGCAGCCACAGUAUUGAAAGUUGAAGGGUCAUUUGAUGACAUAGAUAAUAUUUACAGCCAGUUGUCUCAGCUGCGUAGAGUUUCAAACAUUUCCAUGAAUAGCCAGGUGUAUUCUAGCAAUGAUGAGCAACAACUGUGUGUCGAUAAAAUGAUUAUGAGUUAUAUUUCUGAGAUUUAUGCUGAACAACUUGCCAAUCUUGCAGAUGAUUGUGGUGUCAGAAUUAUAAAACGGGAAGAAUCUGGAGUGCUUAAAUUAAACUUUGUUCCAGAAAGACAAAAGUCUGGCAUUAAUGUUUACCAAGCAAGAGAGAGAUUUAUUACUUUUUAUCAACAGAUUGCCACAAACUUAGAGUUAAAGAGAACCGAUUUGACAUCUCUUGAAAUAUGUACAAGUAUAAGGAAAAUGUUUCCUAAGAUUUUAUUCAUGGUUGAUCAUGACAUGCUGGUAUUAAUGGGUCCCCCAGUGCAUGUAAUGGAAGCAUGUAAAAUCCUAAGUCAAGGUUUUCGGCAAACUUCUAGAAGAGAUGUGCAGAGCUCCAGUACUGCUGCCUUCCAUGCAAGUGCAUCAUCCUUGCACAGGUCACAACCACUACAAAAUGAAAGGAAUGGUUUUCAGGCAUGUAAACAAAACUCCAGUUUGGAGGACAGCAUGUGUCCCAUCUGCUUGGACAAAAUAGACCAGCUAAACAAGGAAACUUUACAGCAGUGCAAACACUCAUUUUGCAAGAAUUGCAUAAAAGAAUCUUUUAAACUAAAGCCUGCAUGCCCAGUUUGUGGUGUGAUGUAUGGAAAACUGACUGGAAAUCAACCAAAAAAUGGUCAUGUUACCAUCGACACAAAAGUCUACUCACUUCCAGGCUAUGAAUCUUAUAAUACAAUUAUGUUAACAUAUUACAUACCAGAUGGCAUUCAGGGGCCUGAACAUCCUAAACCUGGGAAACCAUAUCGGGGAACAAUACGCACAGCUUACCUUCCAGACUGUCCAGAGGGCAAGAAGGUGCUUGAACUUCUUCAGAAAGCAUUUAAUCAGGGUCUCAUCUUUACCAUCGGAAAAUCUGUGACAACUGGUGAAGAGGAUGUAGUAACGUGGAAUGAUAUUCACCACAAAACUCAUAGAACUGGUGGGCCAACAAGAUAUGGGUACCCUGAUCCUGAUUACCUCAAAAGAGUACAAGAAGAACUGAAGGCCAAAGGAAUAGCUUAGGAGGUGAAAUCUUCAACAUCAGUUGAAAUAUUCACUGAUAUUUCUUCCCUGCUAUUACAGAUAACUGGACAACAAAGCAUGUAAAAAUAGCAAUGUUGCAAAACAGCAGUGUGAUGAUAAAGAAAGAGAUGUAUAUUUUUAUAUUAAAUAUAACCAAUUAUGUACCAUUGUGCAAAUUCAUAUGUGGAUUUGGAUCUGUUUUUGUAUUUAUGACAUUUAAUUGCAAAACAUCAAAAAUUAUAUAAAUAUUAAUCCGUAUUUAUGUCAUAUUUAGUAGUGAACAAAAGCCAAUAUUUUACAUUCUUGAUGCUUGGAAUGUAUUGCCCUCUUUUUCUAGAGAUCCUCAAAAUGUAUAUUAAAAUGGCACCAAACUUUAGUGUAUACAGUCUGUAAAGGGGUGUUCCUUCCUAAUUAAAGGGUUCUCAGACACUUUGA